AUGAGUCGAGUAGACUUGAACUCAGCAAGCCUUGCCGUCGCGGCUGGCUCGAUGGCGAUCCACAAAGUUUAUGGCUUCUCGAGAAUUCUCAUUAAUUGGCACUGUCCUCUUGGCCUCAUUCUCUGGAUAUGCUCAGACCCAGUCGUCAUUUGCUCAAAUUCAUCAGAACAAGUUCUCCGCGCCUAUCUGGCCUAUGCUGCAGUCGUCGGGUCGUCCCUUCACAACUCGGGUUAUGCUAUAUCCGUGAAACGGAAUAUUAAAUUAUGGAGCCUGUCUUCGACCAGCCACAGCUCAUCUGGCCCCUUAGAGGGGGAGUGUUAA